AUGAAUAAUGCCGAUGAGGUAGUAGUUCUAAGUCUACUAACUUUUUAUUUCCAACAGAAGUUGCCUGAAACCGCCAGGUACACCGCCCUAGUGGCCAACAACGCCGAGAAGGCACGCAAGGACAUGGAGAAAGUCAUGCAAGUCAAAAUCACCAUUCAAGAAACAAAGACUAAUAAAACGAAAUUCGGGCUAUUUUCAAAAGAAUUCCUACGCAGGCACGGGCUCCACUUGAUCGGAACGGCAAGUACAUGGUUCUUUGUCGACGUGGCUUACUACAGCCAGAACCUAUUCCAGAAGGAAAUAUUCAGCGCAGUGGGAAGGCUGCCCCCUGCCAAAACCAUGAGCGCGCUCGACAAAUUAUUCAAGGUCUCGUUCGCUCAAUUCUUGAUUGCAUUCUGCGGCACAGUUCCAGGUUAUUGGGUAACCGUACUUCUCAUAGACAGAAUAGGAAGAUUCGUUAUCCAGAUAAUGAGUUUCUUCUUUAUGACGGUGUUCAUGUUAGCUCUGGCGAUUCCGUACCACCACUGGACUCUCAACAAAGCUGGGUUUCUCAUAAUGUACGGUUUAACUUUCUUCUUUGCCAAUUUCGGGCCAAACAGCACCACCUUUAUUGUGCCGGCGGAGAUAUUUCCGGCCAGGCUCCGAUCGACUUGCCACGGGAUAUCAGCGGCGGCGGGGAAGGCAGGAGCAAUUGUCGGAGCUUUCGGAUUCUUGUACGCGUCGCAGAAUCAAGACAAGUGUAAGACAGAUGCAGGGUACCCUGCUGGAAUUGGGAUAAGGAACUCUUUGUUUAUUCUUUCCGGAAUAAAUGUUCUUCGAUUGCUCUGCACCUUUUUGGUGCCGGAGGCUAAAGGAAGAUCUCUUGAAGAAAUGUCCCGAGACGAUGAAGAAGAAGAACAAGAACAACAACAAGAUCCCCAAAGCGGAGUGAGUGAUGUCGGCAGGAUGACUAGGUGGGGAUAUCUGGGUAACUAUGCUAUUGUCAUUGGCGGCGGCAUCGUUUACACUGCAGCUCCUCACUCUCGUCGGAGACGCACGACAACGGCAGAGAUGAGGAAGAGGAUGACGGUGGUGGUGGUGGGUCCGCUUUUCGUAUACUCGAAUGAGGCGGCGGAGAGUGGUGGUGCAGCAGACGGCGGAGGCGAGAAUUUAUCGAAGUGGGGUGGUGAUGGUGUGAUACGGCCAGGGGUGGAAAUCGGACGGAUCGGGUCGGAAACGGGCGUUUAG